UAGCUUACGCGUCGCCUAGCCAAUGAGGACUGGCGAUGUUGCUGGGUGGCUGAGAAUUGGAAGCGCCUCACGGUUUCAGGUAAAAUUAGUCAAGGAGAGAAGGAAAGGCGCGGAAACCCUCUCGCUGUCCUCAUAGCCUUUUUCCGAUGGGGCUUUUGGGGGAAUUGACCCGAGGACUGGUGCGUGGCGCCGACCGAACGUCGGCCUGGACGAGCAAGCGAGGCCCGCGGACCUUCUACAAGAGCCGAGGCUCGAAGCCGGCCGGUUACCUCACUUGCAGCGCGAAGUUCAGGCUGGUGCCCGAGAUGGUGCCCAAGCUAGUGGUGCCCGACCUGACCGGCUUCAAGCUGCGGCCGUACGUCUCCUACCGCGCCCCCGCAGGCAGCGAGCCGCCCGUCACCGCCCGCCACCUCUUCCAAGAGAUCGUCGCCCCCCGCGUCAAGAAGGACGUCGAGGAAGGCACCUUCGAUGCGGAGAAACUGGAGAAGUACGGCUUUGAACCCAGCCAGGAAGGGAAGCUCUUCAAGCUCUUCCCCAAGAACUUCGUGCGAUAGGAGGAGGAGGAAAGCCGGAGGUCGAGCCUGACGAGCCGGGAAGAACGAAAGGAACUCUUCCCCUGGGGUGGAGUCGGCUUCCAUUGUUCUUCCAUUGCAAGAGGAGCUUCGCUGGAAAGCGAGCAAACCUUGGACGUUUUCUGUGGCACAAGAAAUAAAAAGGCUCUGGGGUGACUUGGUGGAGAAAUUGGCCAACGGUGUAAUUUUUUAUGAAAGGGUGGAGAGAAAACCAAUAUGGAGAUGUUCAACCUGGAAAAUAUUAUUUUAAUCCGU